CUGUCUUUAGUGCGCACUGAUGGUUAUGGACGCUCGAGUGUAGAGACGACGGAUUAUAAUGAGUUUGAUAGAGAACGACACGGAGAAAUGCGGCAAUAGUUUGACCCGAGAGCUCACCCAGAAUCCUUUAAAGAAAAUAUGGGUGCCAUCCUCUAGAAACGGCCUUCCUGACAGGCACAUUAGUCAGAAAAAGGUAUGCAUGACCAACUGCCCCACGCUGAUAGUAACCGUCGGUCUACCCGCCAGAGGAAAGACCUACAUCUCCAAAAAACUGACACGCUACCUCAACUGGAUUGAUGUUCCCACGAAAGAGUUUAACGUUGGCCAAUACAGGCGAGAAUGUGUAAAGAUCUACAAAUCCUUUGAGUUCUUUCGACCAGACAAUGAAGAGGGGCUCAAAAUCAGGAAGCAGUGUGCACUGGCAGCUCUCAAUGAUGUUCGGCAGUUCCUCACAGAUGAAGGUGGACAGGUGGCGGUUUUUGAUGCUACAAACACAACAAGAGAAAGAAGAGACACAAUCAUCAGAUUUGCUGAGCAGAACAGUUUCAAGGUGUUCUUUGUGGAGUCUGUGUGUGAAGACCCUGACGUUAUCGCUGAGAACAUUGUGCAAGUGAAACUGGGCAGUCCAGAUUACACACACUGUAACACAGAAGAGGCCGUCGCAGACUUUAUGAAGAGGAUAAAGUGUUAUGAGAACUCCUACCAACCCCUGGAUGAGGAACUGGACCGGGAUCUUUCUUUCAUAAAGAUCAUUGAUGUGGGUCGAAGGUACCUGGUGAAUCGGGUUCAGGACCAUAUACAAAGCCGUAUAGUUUACUACCUCAUGAAUAUCCACAUCACGCCACGAUCCAUCUACUUGUGCCGGCAUGGAGAGAGUGAUCUUAACAUUAAAGGCAGAAUCGGAGGAGAUUCAGGGCUUUCAGCAAGGGGAAAGAGGUAUGCUGAAACUUUGGGUCAGUUUAUCCAGUCGCAGAACAUUCAUGAUUUGAAAGUGUGGACGAGUCAGAUGAAGAGGACCAUACAGACGGCAGAAGCUGUGGGCGUACCGUACGAACAGUGGAAAGCUCUCAAUGAGAUCGAUGCUGGUGUCUGCGAGGAGCUCAUGUAUGAGGAGAUCCAGCAGAGAUAUCCGCUUGAGUUUGCAUUACGGGACCAGGAUAAAUAUCGAUACCGCUAUCCUAAAGGAGAGUCCUAUGAAGAUUUGGUCCAGCGGCUGGAACCCGUGAUCAUGGAGUUAGAAAGGCAGGAAAACGUUCUGGUCAUCUGCCAUCAAGCCGUCAUGAGAUGUUUGCUGGCCUACUUUCUGGACAAAACUGCAGAGGAACUGCCUUAUCUGAAAUGCCCUCUACACACAGUAUUGAAGUUAACACCAGUGGCCUAUGGUUGUAAGGUGGAGUCGAUCGAUUUGAAAGUGGAAGCUGUGAACACACACAGAGACAGACCGACGAAUGUUAAUGUUCACCGCACCACAGAGGAUGCCCUGCAGACCGUUCCGACUCACCUCUGACCCACAGCCACCCCGCCGUCCAACUGUCCACUACACCUGAGUCUCUGAUCCAGUCGCUGUAAGAUAACCAGUGCUUGUGUAUAGUGUGUGGUUUCUCACUCUGUGUUUUGAAAGAGCCAUAAUCCGUUUACAUGGCAUGAGGUCUACACGUAGCCUGGGAGAUUUCGUUUGCACUUAAUGGGGUUUGGGUUACAUUUACAACACCAGUUCUGAAAAAGUUGGGACAUUUUGUAAAAUGCUGGUAAUAUUAAUUGCUGUUAAUCAGGCAGAUGUUUUUUUUAUAGAGAGAGAGAGUUACAGGUAGCACUUUCCAAUAAGGUCAUAAGUUAAUGUAUUUACUAACAUGAACAAGCAAUGAGCAAUACAUUUACUACAGUCUUUAUUCAUCUUUGUUGAUGUUAGUUAAUGAAAAUGAAUCAUUCAUUGUUAUUCCUUGUUAACUCACCCAAAUGAAUUACCUUAUGUUAUUAAGUGGCUCUCUGGAAUACUUGAAUCUGAUUGGUCAAUCAUGUCAUUCCAAGGUAAGUUAUGUUAUAUUAUAUUAGUGAUAAAGUACAUCCAGGAGGUUGUUAUGGCAGAAUGAAGUGAAGUAUUAUCCUUACAUGGCUACUUGCCACAAAACUGAAUCUGUUCUGAGUCAUAAUAUUUUAUUAGUUCAUAAAUUAAAAGCAAAGGUGAUAUAUAUAUAUAUAUAUAUAUAUAUAUAUAUAUAUAUAUAUAUAUAUAUAUAUAUAAAUAGAGAGAGAGAGAGAGACAGAGAGAGAGAGAGAGAGAGAGAGAGAGAGAGAGAGAGUAUACACUAACCUGUGCAUAAUUUGGUCACAAAAUGGCGCCAUCAGUUAAAAACGCAAAGAUAACAGAAAAGAAAACAGCUGAUGGAGUAUACACUAACCUGCACAUUAUUUAAUUACAAGAUGGCACCAAACAGUCAAAAACAUAAAGCUAACUGAAACAACAAAAGCUGAUGAAGAAUACAUUUACUUCAGCAUUGUUUAAUCACACAAGAUGGCGCCAAACAGUUAAAAACGUGAAGCUAACAGAAACGAAAACAGCAGAUAGAUAUACUCUAACCUGCACAUUAUGCAGUCAUAAGACGGUUGCCAAACAGUCAAAAACAUAAAGAUAAUAGAAACGACAACAGCUGAUGGAUAUAUACUAACCUGCGCAUUAUUCGGUCCCAAGACGGCGCCAAACAGUCAAAAACAUAAAGCUAAUAGAAAUGACAACAGCUGAUGGAUAUACACUAACCUGCACAUUAUUCAAUUAUAAGACUGUGCCAAACAGUCAAAAACAUAAAGCUAAUAGAAAUGACAACAGCUAAUAGAGUAUACACUAACCUGCGCAUUAUUCGGUCACAAGACCGCGACAAACAGUCAAAAACAUAAAGCUAAUAGAAACAACAACAGCUGAUGGAGUAUACAUUAACCUGCACAUUAUUCGGUCCCAAGACGGCACCAAACAGUCAAAAAACGUAAAGCUAACAGAAAUGACAACAGCUGAUGGAGUAUACACUAACCUGCGCAUUAUUCAGUCCCAAGACGGCGCCAAACAGUCAAAAAACGCAAAGGUAACAGAAACGACAACAGCUGAUGGAGUAUACACUAACUUGAGCAUUGUUUAAGCACUCAAGAUGGCGCCAAACAGUUAAAAACGUGAAGCUAAAGGAAACGGAAACAGCUGAUGGAGUAUACACUAACCUGCACAUUAUUCAAUCACAAGAUGGCGCCAAACAGUCAAAAACAUAAAGCUAAUAGAAACGACAACAGCUGAUGGAGUAUACACUAACCUGCGCAUUAUUCGGUCACAAGACCGCGCCAAACAGUCAGAAACAUAAAGCUAAUAGAAACAACAACAGCUGAUGGAGUAUACACUAACCUGCACAUUAUUCGGUCACAAGACGGCACCAAACACUCAAAAAAUGCAAAGCUAACAGAUACGAAAACAGCUGAUGGAGUAUACACCAACCUGCACAUUAUUCAAUCACAAGAUGGCGCCAAACAGUCAACGCAAAGCUGACAGAAACGAAGUUACGAUAUUAAACCUGCAUGCAAUCUUUGUACUUUUGUAAAUAAAAUAAAAGUUUCAUUGCAUUUUAGAAAAUGUCACACCUUUUUCAGAACUUGACUUGUAAUACUAUGGCUCUUAUAUGUAUAUCUACUAUACAUAUAUUUACAGAAAUGUCUGUUAUACCUAUAUGGGAACUGCAGGUGUGUUCUUUUGCUGCUCCUCCAAUAAUUGUGCUUCUGUAUUGGCAAAUCUGAAUGGGUUUCUCUCUGUUAUUUUGAGGGAUGGAUGACAACAUUGUUGUAUCUUUGUACAUAGAAAUCUGAGAAAAAAACACUCAUUGUGUCAAAGAGCUUUAUUUACUUCAUUUCCCUAAAACAUUAGAGCUGUUUUUUAUAUGCUUGAAAAUAAAUAUUGACCUUUUUCACCUGACAUUUAAACAGAUACUGAUGAUCAAUUACAAGUGCUAGUUGUUUUAAUCAGGCAGGUAUUUUUUAUAUCAUGUAAAUUUUCAAAAGUGAUUUUAACUGCAUGUUUCUGAGAAUUUUAAGUGGUCGUGGGAGAGAAACAUAAGCUGUUUGUUACAUUAACAAAUUUGGGAACAAGACAAAAAUCUCAGUAUUUGUAUUGAUAUUAAACCUGCUCUACAUUUACUGAUCAUUAUUAGCUAUUUGCAUUUAGUAGAGCACUACAUUUUGUUUGGAAACAGGCUAAUUUUGCAAGUCUCCUAUAAGUAAAAGGUUGAAAUGUACCAUUUUUUAAUCCAUUUAGCCAAUCUUUAGGUCUGGCAGGAGCACUUUUAGCUUAGCUUAGCAUAAAUCAUUAGACCAUUAGCAUCUCGCUCAAAAAAUUCAAAUAAAAGUUUUGAUAAUUUUCCUAUUUAAAGCUUGACUCUUCUGUAGUUACAUUGUGCAAUGAAGAGUCAAACUUUAAAUAUUAGCAAAACUCUUGGGUUAUUUUUUGAGUGAAAUGCUAAUAGUCUAAUUUGAUUCAAUGACUUAUGCUAAGCUAAGCUAAGCUAAAAGUGCUCCCACCAGACCCGGAAAUCAUCUGAAUGGAUUCAAAAAUGAUACAACUCCAACAUUUAACUCUAGGUGACUUGACAAAUGAGUCUAUUUCUGUUUCCUUAAUGAUUAAAACCGUACAGAACUGUUAACUGAGUUCAUCUGAGUGUGUCCGAUGUUAAAUCUGUGUUUCUUUAGUCUAGCUGAACAUGUUUAUGUGCACUGAAUUGUUGCCUCAAACCGUAUCCAAAGAGUGCUGUGAUGAUUCCUGUACAUUUGAAGCAGAUCUUAUCUAUUUAAAUGAGAUUUUCUGGAAUAUGACUGCUUGUAUUGUUAUGAUUUGGUGCCAGAAUCACACUAAAUAUAUAGAGAUGUUUUGAUGUAAUAGUGCAUCAGUAGUAAAGAAUCACUGAUUUGAAUUCAUCUGUGUAUCCAAAUACGUUAUCAUGUACACCGCCACUCGUACGACAUAACCGGAAGUCAAAACUGUGUACAUACUACAAGAUCAUGGAAAAGUAAUAUAUUUGAUGUCAGUUCACAUGGAACUUUUAUUGCACCCAUUGAGAUAGAAUCAGUGUUUGAGUGUUUGCAUUGAAAUUUCUCCUUGAAUAAACUUUUUGUGGUGAUUUUA